AACCUAGAUGAAAAACAAAACUGUCAAAAACAAUAUUCCUUUUCUAUUACAUAAAGAUGUCUAUUAGAACAAGUAGUAUCUAUCAUCAGUUCUGUCUCGAUAAAUUAUAAAGUAUAAACCAAUAGGUUGAUUAUUUUAAUAUUCCUAAGUGCCUUAAAUGAAUUAAAAUUGCAAGAAUUCAUUAUUGUUAUCAUUUAAUGCAACUUAUUCAACUAACUGGUGAACAAAAGUGCAGUUUAGAAUAAAAACUGUGUGUGCAAUGACCAAAAGUAUUAGAACAAUUUUAAUGCCACUUUUAAUGCUUAGUUAUAUGUGGUUGGUUCAACAAUUGCAAAUUCAUCUCGAUAUUCUAAAUGGUUUAGUGUUUUAUACAUGCUGCUAAUUUGGUCGGUUUAUUAUUUCUUUGCAACAUCUACAUUAAUAACUUCUUUUACUAUGUUUGACUCCGCUGAGAAUAACAUUUGUACUUCGCUAGAAUUCUUUGUUACCUUAUUAUCAAUCGUAUUUGGAGUAUACCAUGACAGGAAAUUUCAAAAUUGUCUGAGGAAAUUUGACAUUGUGGACAACACAUUACUGAAGUUAGGAACAAUUACAAAUUAUGACAAGCUAUGCAAAAAAACAGUAUGGUUUACUUUGGGAUGGUUCGUGUCCGUUAUAUUUUUGAUAUUUAGUGCAGCAUUAUUUAUAAAUAAUGAGCAUAAUCGUGAUCUUGCGGCAUGCCUGUUCUGCUGUUUAAUACAAGAUUACUGCUGUCACAUCAACUUUAUCGGUGAUUUGAUUACUGCCAGUAUUCUCGAAUACAUAGGAUUAAAGUUUGAUCAAGUCAAUGAACAUCUUCAUAACAUGAUAAGAAAUAAUGAACACAAAAUACAAGCUUGGCAAAAUUCCAUAAUACAUCCACACCAACACAGAUUUUCGAAGCUAACACUACGUACACUAAGUAGCAAAUACAUAAUAUGGAUUGUUAUACACCUACAUUUGGAGUUACGUAAAAUAUCCUGUGAAAUAGACUCAAUAUUUGGAACACAAAUGACUUUCAAAAUGGCAUGCUAUUUCGCUUGGAUAGCGAUUGACUUGCGUGAUAUUUUCCACGCAAUUCUUAUCAACAAUUACGUGAAAUAUAAAAUAAUAUUCUUUAUUUUGCACUUUGUCUGGUUUAUUCAUAAUUGUUUCAAAUUCCUGCUAAUUAAUUAUAUGUGCGAAACAGUCUCCACUAAGGCAAGGGCAACAGCAGAUUUAUUAAAUAAAUUAUUGUGUUUCUCUUGCGACAUUGAAAUUCGUGAAAUUAUUUUACAAUUCUCCUCACAAACAAUUUAUACACCACUUAGAUUCUGCGGAAAUGGAUUUUUUCAAUUUGGCUUCAAAUUUCUUUACAGGUUUGUGAUAUCUGUUGCGACCGUUUUAAUUAUAGUAAUACAAUCGCAUGUAAAUAAGUAA